AUGAUGUCACCCUUCUUGUGAAUUCAUCACCCAGCAAGAUGAUGGGUGCAAAUCUUGGAUAUAACAAUGGAUUCCAAUCCAUGACCAGUUCUGUGCUAUGUGCCAAAGCAUCCAUGUUGUUACAGAAUGUCCCUCCAGCUAUUCUUCUUAGAUUCUUGCGGGAGCACCGAUCAGAAUGGGCAGAUAGCAGUAUUGAUGCUUACUCAGCUGCUGCCAUUAAAGCUGGCCCCUGUAGCUUGCCAGGGGCCAGAGGAAGUUUUGGGGGUCAGGUUAUUCUUCCACUAGCUCACACAAUUGAGAAUGAAGAGUUCAUGGAGGUUAUUAAGCUUGAAAACAUGGGCUACUAUCGGGACGACAUGACUAUGCCUGGUGAUGUUUUCCUCUUGCAACUUUGCAGUGGAGUGGAUGAGCAUGCAGUUGGCACCAGUGCAGAACUUGUUUUUGCUCCAAUAGAUGCGUCUUUCUCUGAUGAUGCACCCAUUUUACCUUCCGGUUUUCGUAUUGUACCUCUUGAUUCUGGCACGGAUGCUGCUAGUCCAAACCGGACACUUGAUCUUGCCUCAUCACUUGAGGUUGGAACCACAGCAAACAAAGCUGCUGGUGCCAAUUCAGGUCAUUCUGGAAGCACAAAAUCUGUGAUGACAAUAGCAUUCCAGUUUGCAUUUGAAGUCCACCUUCAAGAUAAUAUAGCAACUAUGGCCCGACAAUAUGUGCGUAGUAUUGUUGCAUCUGUUCAGAGGGUUUCCUUAGCACUUUCUCCUUCGCGCUUCGGUUCUCAAAGUGCUUUUCACUUACCACCUGGUACUCCUGAGGCUCAAACACUUGCUCGGUGGAUCUGUAACAGCUAUAGUGCCCUCGUCAGACUAAUAAUGUUGAUUGCGGAUAUUAUGUGAUGAAGUUCAUGAAAGAUAUCAUCACUCACCAACAACUUGUGAUUCCAACGAAAUAUUUUGAAGAUUGUCAGUUCGUUUCCUACAAUGAAGAGCAAUUGCGUGAAGUUAAAGAUGAGUGGGCUGCUUAUGUUUUUUACAAUUGUUUUUAGUAUUUAAUCUAUUGGAUAGUUAUCUAUGAGAUGGUGGUAGAUGAAGUUAAGGACGUGGUUGAGAUAUUAUGCACUUUAGAAAUUGCUUCGAAUUUAUGAAGCUUUUGAUAUUUAGAUAUAUUGGUUUUGAUA